CAGAUAUUCCCAUAUUCAAUAUCAAAAGAGAGCUAUUGUUUGCAUCUCCCCACCAGCGUCGAGGUAUCGCGUUAACCACCCCCACAAUCUGCUCGGGUAUAAUGGUCUCGUUCUUUCGGUGACCUCACCCCACCUCAAAUCGACCAUGGCGACCGGUUCUGCGACUCCUGGCCCACCAGCACCUCCGGUAGGACCGCCGACACAGAAAGUGAGCGACGUCAUAACAUCGUUCCGCCCAUCAAGACGAUUCAAGCCAAAUGACAGUAAGACUUCGGUGACCUCGCUCGAUUUCGACGACACCGGCGAGCUUGCGAUCGUAGCACGCGACGACGAUACGCUUCAGAUAUACAACUGCAGAGAGGGCAAGCACGCAAAGGAACUGAAGAGCCAAAAGUAUGGUGUACAUCUGGCGCGCUUCUCCCACCAUGCGCAGAGCAUAAUCUAUGCUAGCACGAAAGUAGACGAUACCAUUCGAUUUCUUUCCACCCACGACAACUCAUACAUCCGCUACUUUAGAGGUCACGAAGACACGGUCACAUCUAUUGCGCUCUGCCCUUCGGACGACACCUUCAUCUCCUGUUCGAAAGACAACACAGUGAGGAUAUGGAACCUGGGAUCGAACAACUGCCAAGGGAUACUCAAGUUGCACGCCCCGUACCUAGCCGCGUACGAUCCAUCCGCGACCGUCAUUGCCGUUGCAUCACCGGCGACGCAUGCGAUUCUACUCUACGAUGUGCGCCACUACGACAAGCCGCCCUUCGCAACUUUCGACAUGCUCGAAAACGAGCAGCGUUUCCUCGGCGCCCAGGGUGCAGAAUGGACGAAGCUGGAGUUCACAAAUGAUGGGAAGAGCCUGAUCAUUGCAACGGCAGGAAACGGACAUUUCGUACUCGACGCCUUUGAUGGCAAACUCACGCAUUUCUGCUAUCGCAAAACAGGACCUUCGGGAAGGCUUGGUCCAGGCGCCCCAGCUAACAGCUCCGGAACACUGGGUCAGGGUGACGCUUGUGUGACACCAGAUGGCCAAUAUCUUCUUAGUGGCAGCUCUGAAGAUGGCGUCCUGGUCUGGGAUAUUUCAAGGCCGGCAACAGGGAAUAACGUUCUCGAGCCUGUGGAGCAUCUACCUGGACAUAGCAAGGCCGCCAUCAUUGGUUACAACCCACGAUCUAAUUUGCUGGCUACGGCGGAUAAGGAUCUCACGCUUUGGCAACCUGAUGCUGAUCUCAUGUAAAGAGAUGGAGAGGCAGAUGAAAGGAAGACGUAUGAUACCUUUACACGCAGGGGGGUCAUGAUAUCAAUUGACCCAGCGAGAAAGCAAUAGCCCAGGGCCAAAGGGGUACGGAAGGAAAGACGCAAGUAGUUAUAUACCAGGCCUCGAGAGUUCAUGAAGAGACAACCGUUUAUGCCUAUAGACGGACAACAAAGUUCGGAGGGAACAACCUCAGAGACGCUGAGUGAUUCCCAUAGCGGAUUUCACCGACGUUAGGAUAGGGGAAAUCCAAGGACUCGGUAUUGCAUCAAGCAUAGGGGUAUUAUCCAAGGGCUAUUCUGGUGGCUAUGGACAACGCAGACAUGCACAGUAGAUAGACAGACAGAUCAUCCUAAGCAUGAAUCAUCUACAAAGACACACUUUAUAUACCAACUCGAAAUACAAUACAAUCUAG